AUGUUCCAACUGCUGUUUCUAUUUCUUAGUAUCAUCCCUUUCCUGGGCGGUUUCGAGAAAACAGUCGAAACACCAUGUUUGCGGAGAUACUUUUACGCGGGCGGCAAGUACUUCAGCGACGGCAGUGGGGGUCAUUUCCUUGAAGGUCAGAUCUACGUUGAGCAAUUGAAUCCCAUCGAGGGCAGCACAAAGCCAUUCCCCCUCAUCUUCAUCCACGGCUUUGCUCAGACAGGAACAAACUGGUUGAAUAAGCCUGAUGGUGGUCGGGGAUGGGCGUCGUAUUUUCUCUCUAAAGGUUAUGAAAUCUAUAUAAUAGACCAAACAUUCCGUGGUCGAAGCCCAGGGUCACCGGGCAAUGACACGACGGUAAGGUGGACUAGUGAGGUGGUCGAGCGGCUACUGACCGCAACAAAGAACCAUGACCUGUGGCCACAGGCGAAGCUUCAGACCCAGUGGCCAGGAACAGGUUUCAGGGGAGAUGAAGUUUUCGAUGCCUAUUUCGCCUCGACAGUACAGUCUCUCUCAUCUGACGUCUAUCAACAAACAACCCUCCAGGCAGCAGGUGUUGACUUACUAUCACGUAUUGGAAAGCCGGCCAUUCUUGUUACUCAUUCACAGUCAGGAGCUACGGGUUGGCUCAUAGCGGAUGCUCGACCUGACCUGGUCCACUCCAUCGUAGCCAUCGAGCCCGCAGGUCCGCCUUUUGAGAAUGUGAUUUUAAGGGAGGGACCCGCCCGGCCCUGGGGCCUAACGGAUGUUUUUUUGACUUACUCACCUCCGGUUAACAACCCCCAAACCGACCUAGUUCAAAAAAUCAUCCCCCCCAGCUCCAAUGACAGAGCACGUUGCAUUGUCCAAGCGGAGUCCCCUCCGCCGCGGCAGCUGGACAACCUGGCAGAUAUCGAUGUUCUUGUUGUUACGGGUGAAGCAUCAUACCAUGCGACACAUGACUAUUGUACGGUAGGAUAUUUGCAACAGGCUGGAGUACAUGUGGACCACUUAUCACUCGGGGAAGCAGGGAUUCAUGGCAACGGACAUAUGCUUUUCCUGGAGAUGAAUAGCGACAAAAUUGCGGCGGAAGUUCAGAAGUGGAUGGAAAAGUAA